ACGUCAAAUGCUAUUAUGUAAAAAUAAAGCAGCAGGGAGAUUAUUUUCUAUGGAUUAAAAUUUCUCCAACAGCUUCGAGCGUAAAUAAUAAUUACAAAAAUCCGAGAUAUUGUCUAUCUGUACCGAUACAUCAUGAUAGAUCAUGACAAUAUCAUUUGGCUGAAGUGGGGUGGUGCGCCCUUAUUCAAGGGACCUCCCUCAGAUGCCUUUCUUCAUGUACGCAAUUUACAAGCUCACAAACAAUGCGGGCCAUAUGAGAUAAUGUAUAUGGAUUGCAUGGAAGCAUACGGUCGUCAUAGAGGCAAGGAAAAGUGCCGAUUGAUACUCGAGGAUAUGUACGAAUGUAUAAUGGGUAUUAAAAGAAGGCGCCGCCUGAUGGCUAUGAAUAUCGAGCGAGAACGGCAAUUUAGAGCCGGCGAAAGGGAAAAACUUUACGAUGAAACUCCGCCACUGGAUCUAUAUUAAAUCAUUCGCAGGAAAUAUGCAUAGUUUAUAUGUGUAAAUGUAUCAUAUUAAAAGGAUUAAUUUAAUAGAUGA